AAAAAAAAAAAAAAAAAAAAAAAAAAAAAAAAAAAACAAAAAAAAAAAAAAACAAAAUGUCGGAUUCAAAACAGUCCAAGCAAUUACACCUCACCGCGUUCAUGCGUCCGGUCAGUUUACAUAGCGGAGCAUGGCGUUAUCCCGGCGCUUAUCCAGAUGCCAAUUUCAACCUGAACCAUCUGAAAUCAUCCAUCCAGAAGCUGGAAAAAGCCAAGUUCGACGCCUUCUUCAUGGCUGACCAUCUUGCUGUGUUGAAUAUGCCCGUCGAUGCAUUGAAACGCAGUCACACCGUUACGUCCUUUGAGCCCUUCACUCUACUCUCUGCCCUGUCGCAGGUAACGGAGAGGAUCGGGCUGGCGGCCACUGCAUCGACGACAUAUGAUGAACCGUAUCAUAUUGCUAGACGAUUCGCAUCGCUGGAUCAUCUUAGUAAUGGUCGAGCGGCGUGGAAUAUCGUCACGACCGGGAAUCCAGAAUCUGCAAAGAAUUUUGGAUUAGACGAGCAUGUGGAGCAUGGAGAGCGGUAUAAGAGGGCUCGAGAGUUCUAUGAUGUGGUUACUGGUCUAUGGGAUAGCUUCGCCGAUGAUGCAUUUGUCCGGGACCAGGAGAGUGGUAUCUAUUUUGACCCGGAGAAGUUGCAUGUUUUGAACCAUAAGGGGGACCACUUGAAGGUGAGGGGGCCGCUGAAUAUAGCGCGACCAGUACAGGGCUGGCCGGUCAUUGUUCAAGCUGGUCAGUCUGAGCCUGGGAAGCAGUUAGCAGCUGAGACGGCUGAGGCGGUCUUCUGUUCACCGCGAGACAUCGAAUCCGCAAAGGCUCUGUAUGCGGAUAUCAAAGGACGGGCAGUUGCUGCCGGUCGCGAUCCCAAUCAUCUGAAGAUCCUGCCUGCUGCUCUCAUAAUUAUCGGAGAUACGGUUGAGGAGGCAAAAGAGAAACGUCUCGAGCUUGAUAGCCGUGUCCAUUACGACAGUGCUAUUGCUUCACUGUCUGUUGUUCUGGGGACUGAUGCAUCUGGUUUCGACCCGGACGGUCCACUGCCGACGGACCUGCCAGAGACAAACGCCAGCAAAACUGGUCGCGAGGGAGCGAUAAAGCUCGCCAAGGAAGAAAACCUGUCAGUUAAGCAACUUGCGCAGCGCUAUGGUGGUUAUGCCGGACUCGCCUUUGUCGGGACUCCUGAGACUAUCGCUGAUGAAUUAGGUACCUGGUUGGAACAGGAGGCUGCUGAUGGGUUCACCGUCACUUUCCCAUUCGUUCCACAAGGUCUGGAUGAUGUUGUCGACCGGCUGGUACCGGAGCUGCAACGUCGUGGUAUUUUCCGUAAGGAGUAUGAAGGGACGACGUUGCGCGAACACCUUGGUCUUCCACGGCCGAAGAAUCGUUUCUUCUCCUAAGGUGGG